AUGCUCGAGCAGACCGGCAUCGACUUUCUGGUGCUCGGGGAUGGCCCCACAAUUGCGCACCAGGUCGGCACCGGCAUGGCCUUUUUCCACGGCGGCGCGCGCAUCUUCGACCAGCUGGACCUGUUUGAGCGCUUGCGGGACAUUGCUUCAGUCUUCGAACCCAUGUACGACUGGCGGCCCGACGGGACGCAGAACGUGUGCGUGCAGAGCGUGUCGCCCUUCUUCGACCGGACGCUCGGCUACCCCGUGCUGUUCUAG